GUCCGACCGGGGCUGCCGUUCGCUUCGUGCAGUCCUUUUCAGAAGAAGGUGAGCCAUCAUGCUGGCGAUUCCUCCGCCACCACCGCCCCUCAUCCUGCACCGCUCGGGUACGUAAGCGCUGCGCACACAGACAGACAGACAGAAACGCUCUCAUCAUGAUGUUGUGUUUGUAUGUGUAUGCACGUAUGUAUGUACGUAUGUAUAUGAUGCGGUUGGCUGCAGAGCUGGUGUGUGUGGCGCGCUACGAUAGUGCCCAGCACCACCGACACAGGGCUGCGGCGCAUGCAGCAGCCAAGGGCGGUGGGGAGGGCACCGCCACAGAGGCGGCCGUGUCGCCAAAGGCAGGCGGAUGGCGCUCAAAAGUCACCGAACCUUACAAGGUGUCUCUCUCUCUCUCUCUCUCUCUCUCCGCAUGUACUGUAUCCAUGCUGAAUGCGUAUCGAUGUUUCCUGCAGCCGUUGGGUGUGCCGCUCCUGGCGUACAAGGACCUGCCGGCGCCCUUUCCCACGAUGGCCUCCAAGUACCUGCACGCCCCGCCAUCGCGGCGGUCCACACGGCAGAGGGACAUGCUCAGGGACGCCGCCAAGAGAGAGGUCGACGGUAGGCCCCACCACACAGGCACACACACCACGUGUUCUCUCUCUUUUUUUCUGUGUGUGGCUGGUGUGUGCAGCAAUGGAGAGGGAGCGUGCUGAGGCGCAUCGCUUGGCGUCUCGUGUGGGGGCGUUGAAUGUGCGCAAGAGGAUCGACAGGGACGGCGACGGCAUGGACUGGCUGCGGAGAUUCCUCAAGGAGAGCGAGGGACGAGUGGAACAGGUCAACACACGCACACGCAUGAAAUGUCACAGUGCAUUCGUGUCGUACGUAUACGGGGUUAUAGGUGCGAUCGUUGUCCCCCCAUCUGCUGUUUGGUCAAGACUCAUCGCUGCUCAAGGACGACCAGCUGGACCUGCUGCUGCCUGACCGAACCGCAUACCCCGUGCAGCCCACAAGUGUGUGUCCAAUCACACGUGUACACACACGCACACAAAACAGCAAGAGGUGCUCUUGUGUGCUUAGCGAGCCCCUAUGGCCGCGAGAGGACACAAGCCGACAUCGGUUACACCAGCACCAAAACCCCUUGAUUUCUGCAGCACGGCUCUUAUCUCGUCCUCUCAUUCCGUUGCAGCGGCCCCCACACGAGCACAACCACCACCACCACCCAUACAGAUGCAGAAGCUCCGGUCGUCCUUCUCCGACACCAUGGACACCACUUCCCCUCCCCCAGCCGUCCCGCCCACCGCCCCCGUCACCUACAUCCCGCUGCGGCCGCUAAGCGCUCGGCUGCACGAGACACGCAGAGCAGGGGAGAGAUACACAUACCCGUCACCACCUCGCACAAGCAGGUGUGACAGCCAGUGCACUGACGCACAACGGGGACCGACGCAUGCCAUGCGUGUAUGUUAUGUGCAGGCCAGAUAUAGCGUGUCGGCUGCGCAGGAACAGGAGGCUGGUCCGCCGGACCGUCACACCGAACUCACCGAGGAUCGCAUUCAUAGCCCAGCAGACAGCAAGGCGGCAGCAGGGGCCGCUGCCAUCCCAUGUGCAUGACGAGAGGCGUGCAGCCACUGCUGCGGCAGCUGGUGGUGGCAAGUGGGGUAAUGGCCGUCGUCGGGCAGGGCAAGGUCCGGGGAUGGACGAGCGAGGGAGGGAGGAGGAGUGAGCAGAGCACAUACUUAUUUGUACGCACAUACAUUGCCAGGCGCGAUGUGCACAUGUUUCUGUGCCUCCAUUUAUUUCUUCUUUUUGUGUGUGGUGCAUUCAUUGGCAGGGUCCGGCCGUCGACAGUGCAGCAGAUGCGCGGCGCCACCAGGAUGCGCCUGGCUACCAAAUUCGGACCGGAGAAGACCAAAAACCUCGUCCAGGAGAAGGUUCGUUCUCGUGUUCGUGCGUCUGUGAACACAUACACACACACACGCAUCACUGUGUGUAUGUGUGUGUGUGUGUAUGUGUGUGUGUGUGUGUCUCCCCCCCGCCCCAACAGCCCUUGCACAUAUCAGCGAUCGACGGCCGUGCAGAGGAGCUGCCCAUACAGCUGCCAUCCCUUUGGACGUACAUAAGCAACGCAGACACCCAAUGGCACGUGUGUGUGUGUGUCAUGACAUGGAUGCAUGGUGUGUGUGUAGUUACAUCGACCAUCUGACCCCCGGUUGGCUGGAGGACCAGCGCGUCAAGUACGGCGAGCGGGGAGUCGGGAGCGGGGGGGAGAGGGAGACACCGGGAUCGACCGGUGCUAAGAAAGGUACACCGUAUAUACACCCUACACACACACCUGUGGAUGCGCGUGUGUGUGUGCAGGUCGGACUGAGACGGUGGAGCGCAAUCCAUACCGAAUCCUCGACCGCAAACUGCAGGUAAGUAUGUACAUGCAGAUACCUUUCCUUCCUUCCUGUAGGUAUGUGCAUUUGCACAUGUGUGUGCACAUACAGGAUUUGGACCGUAAGUUCUGGAAGAGCCGGAACAUGACCCACCUUGUCGGCUGGGGCGGCGCCACCGUCACGCACUACGGUCAGUCGGCCAGGCAGUCAGCACACACCUCACGUAUUCACAAACACACACAUGCCUACGUGCAUGGUAUGCAUAUCUCAGGGGCAUUUGAUGAAGGCGACAGGGAGAGAGACAAGCGUGUAAGAUAACGGCCGAGACACCGAGCACAUAUGGUGUCUCCCUCUCUCUCUUGUGUGCGUGUCGUGUGUGGUGUUCGAUAGGGUGCUUCGUUCAUUGACGGCUCUGAGGCGGACGCGGAGAGUGUCCACGGACACCCAGCAGGUCAGGUGCCCUUCCCCGCACAUUUAUAUAGACACGUGGACGGGUGCACAAUGAUGCAGACACCGCGGGUGUGGGUGGCGACGACGUGCCCCAUUCUGUGCCCAUCAUGGCCAUUCUCCUCGACAGAGACGAGAUGAACGACCCUAUCGCACGCAUCAAGGCACGUCAUAGGCACACACACACAUACAGACACAGAUCUAUGUCCACAUCCCCUCUCUCUCUCUCGGUGCGUGUCGUGUGUGUGUAUGAGGCCUGCAGUCGAUGCUUCAGGACUUUAGCGACACGCGGCAGCGGUUCAGACACUCACUCGAACAGAAACUAUUCGCAAUGGUACGCACGGCGUGUGUGGCAUCAUGACACUUUCACGGCAGCACAGCACACACACAGCACAUGCACACGAAUGCGCCCCUAUACGUCGUACACGCAGGAGUCUUCCCGGCUGCCGUCCUGCUUCCGCAAGUCACGAUACCUCUCACAACAGACACACGGCGGUACGGUACGCACACGCAGCCGCACCCAAAUACACACACAUAUAUUCUUGCGUGUGGAUGGAUGGAUGGAUGGACGUGUGCAGCUGACCGGCGUCAGCAGCGGAGUGCCGGCAGUGAGCUGCGUGGGAUGCGGCUCAAGGCAGAGCUGGAGUACCUGCAGCAACACGCCGGCAAAGGCAUGUGCAGACAGAUACUCUGGUUGGUACUCUUCACCCACUCCCCAACACAGAGAGCCUCCACAUAUGUGUAUCCAUUCUGUCUGUGUGUGUGUGUAGGUACAUGUCUCUGCUGUCGUGUCUGCAUCCGCGCAAGCGUGAGCUGUCACCGGUGUGCUUCUGGCUGAUCGAGUGCAUCCGACGGGUGGUCGAAAGAGGUACGUACGUCACCUGCAUCACGGCGAGACAUGCUCAGCUUACGCACGGAUAGUGCGUGUGUGUUGUGUUUGUGUGCAGGUCGCUUGUUCACACGAGCGAUGUUCUUUGAGCUGCUGUCGUCCAUCGAAGACUGCGAAGUCACACCCAUGCUGUGCAUGGUACGUACGUGUGGAGUGACGUGCACAACGAGUGCCUCUGCAUUAUAGAUACACAUACCCAUCAGUUGUUUGCGCGCAUGACCGAGGGCAUCCCCGACCUCGCCCCGUCGGCACUCAUCGACUACUUUGUCAAGGAAAGAGGUGCAGGCACACGGCACAUGCACAUGACACACGCCGUGUUUACAUGUCCACACACAUACAAUGCAGGUUUUCGCCCCUCUGCGCUCGACGUGGAAUUGAGCAAACUCAAAUUUGAGGGCGGCGGGCAGGAACAGGUGAAGGGAAAUUCACCCGAAGGCGCCUCUUUCUGUCUGUGCACAUGCGUUUGUCACUCUCCCGCUCUCUCUCUCUCUCUGUGUGUGUGUGUGUGUGUGCCUACAGGCGGCUGAGGAGGUGAAAGGCACAGGUGAAGAGGAUGAGAAUGCGCCGAAUGAGGAGGGCUGAGUGUCGAUAAGUCAGUCCGUGUGUCGGCGGUUUGGGGGAGUGGUGUAGAUUGUUCUGUGUGUGCACAUUAGAAAAG